AUGGAAAGCAGAAAGGAGAUGGUGAUGCGCACAGGAGGAGGUAAAAUUGCCGCAAAAACAGCCCCUAACUUGUCGGAAGCCGUCGGAAGCUCCAUGUGUGAACCACAGGAAAAGCCGGUUCACAGUAACGGCCGGAGCCCAAACUCUUUGCCUUACUCACAAGAAACAGUGGAAAUCACAGAUGGAACACGGGGCGGUGUCUGCGCAGAUGUCAGACCGACCGGCAAGCUCCCUAAGCUUGUGAAAGACCUGCCGGAUCUGCCAACCAAAGAGGCCAGCAGCUCCGACACUGAAUCAGACUUCUACGAGGAGAUAGAUGUCAGUUGUACCCCUGAAAACAUGGAAUAUCCAAGCGGAAAAGGUCUGGACGUAAAGUCGCCAAGCCGUGGUAAUGAUAGCGUUGUAGAGAACGGGAAAAUGGCCCCGAGCCCCGGCACGCUUUCCUACGGGGCUGACCAAAUGCGACGGUACCGGACAGCCUUCACCAGGGAACAGAUUGCCCGGCUAGAGAAAGAGUUUUACCGGGAGAAUUACGUGUCCCGGCCUCGCAGAUGCGAACUGGCGGCUGCCUUAAAUCUCCCAGAAACUACCAUCAAGGUUUGGUUCCAGAACCGCCGCAUGAAGGACAAGCGGCAACGAUUGGCGAUGACGUGGCCUCACCCCGCCGACCCCGCCUUUUACACCUACAUGAUGAGCCAUGCUGCAGCCACCGGAAAUCUGCCUUACCCGUUUCCGUCCCACCUUCCCUUGCCCUAUUAUUCUCAUCUUGGCGGGGUGACAGCGGGGUCAGCAACUGGUCCCGGUAGCCCGUUUGCUAACCCUCUCCGCUCGUUGGACAGCUUUCGGGUUCUCUCGCAUCCAUACCCGCGCCCAGAGCUGUUAUGUGCAUUCAGACAUCCCUCGCUGUAUCCUAGCCCGGGUCACGGGCUAGGUCCCGGGGGCAGCCCGUGCUCCUGUCUUGCCUGUCACGCUGCCAGUCAGUCAAAUGGCCUCCCGCAGAGGCCUACGGGAGCGGACUUCACGUGCUCACCAACAAGCAGGACUGAUACCUUCCUGACUUUUUCGCCCGCUGUUCUAAGCAAGUCGUCCUCUGUUACCUUGGACCAGAGGGAGGAAGUGCCGCUGACUAGAUAA